AUGCGAGUGCUGAGUUAUUUUGUGCUGACUUCAAUCUCAGGUCUCGCUUUCGGCCAAUGGUACAUGACAAUUCCACACAUUGCGAUAGUCUCCGGCCUCCUUUUAGCAGGCAAUAACCCCAAUAUCCUCGAAGGUGUCUUUGCUACCGUGCGAGAAGACCCAAAAGACCGUGCACCAGGCUUCCUCGGUCUCCGUUUCGAGCUGGCGUAUCCGAGUUGCUACAAAGUAGCCUGGCAAUGGCUCCGUGGCCCUACAAAGCGUAAGUGGAUCAAACAGGUAAUUACGACGUACCGCAGUGUCAAGGACUCAGAAUGUGGUGGGGUUAUCAUCGACAUUUACAUCGAUGAGCUCCAAAACAGGACCAUAUUGUCACUCUUGGACUGGUCUUUGGUUCUAACAAUAACCUUCCUGUUACUCGGUGUCCCUUUGAUUUUAGCUUUCCUGACGGCCUUUUACACUCCCGAGGUUGGGAUAUCAUGUCGAUCUUUGACCAUCACUAUUUACGCCUGCGUCCAGUUCGGUCAAAUACUACUCUGGCUCUGGGCCUAUGCUGGUUCACCAGCCAAAGUCGAGGAUGGUACAGCCUUCACGAACUUCUUCCGCGAAGGGGGCUGGCUAGAGUCGCAUGGGUUCUACACUCCUACCUCUUUGAAGCACUUUACGGCCCGCGGUCCGGACAAUGAACCUGUCAAUUGGGAGGAAAGAGUUCGUGCCCGCCAUUUCUGGGCGAAGACGUUGUGGUGUGUUAUUUGGUAUUCAACUGCUCUCAUACUCCUAAUCACUUCCGUCGGCGCUGCACUCGGAGGAACAUUGAUGCAGCUAAUUGGACUGUAUACUGCCAACAUCUGCAAAAUCACGACAGGCAGUUGGUUCGCGCCCCUUAGUCAACGCCCUUUCGUUUUGAUCUCCGUCAAUUCGCCUGAUAGGAUCAGCAAUGCCCUUCGUAUGUUACCCCAAGCCCUGGGCGUCAGUUUGACAAUCUAUCUUUGA